CAUGCGGAGAAGCAACAAGCUGCUACUGGAGCAACGGCUAGCAGGCAGAGGCUAUCUCUGUCGGGGACGCGGCGUAUUAACAUGCAAAAGUUUAGAAACGCACAUUCCUUGUCCUGAAUAGGCUAGAGCAACUCUUGGCAAAACCUAAUACGGCUGUCGAAACCAUGGAUCAUAGCUGGCUUCCGUAAUAGCUAGUUAUUAGUGUUAUUACAAGGUUCAAAUGUGUAAAAAGUCGCUCGGUGUCUCCUCGUCGUUGAACAAGAUGGCAGCAGCAGCAGCAACAGCAUCGUUGCAGCAUUUGAUUGUGGUGCUGGUCCUUGUUGCUAACAUGUCCCUUGACGCUCUGGGUGAUACGAUUUAUAGGUCUUACUGAAGGGAUGGCCUCACAAGUCUUGGGCUACCCAUCACACCUGCACUCCGCUCAAACAAGUGCCUUAGGAACCAGCAGCAGUGGUAACAGCAGACAUAAAGACGAAGCUCACCACAGUAAGAACACCAGCAGAGCCUUUCAGCAGCUACCCACAUCCAAGACCUACGUGAUUGGAGUCAACUACGGCAUUGUCUAUCCCAACAGCGUUAUCCCAUCCUCAACUGGUGCUGCUUCAGGAAAACAGCACAGGGGACUACAGCUUGGAGAGAGGGAGGAGUUGACAUUGCAGACUGCAGAAUUACAGAGACAAGGAGAAGGAUCAGCUAGGAUCCAGGAGUCUCUUUGCCAGACCAGAAGCCCACAGGAAGUGAGGCUUUGUAGAGACAGUGGUGGAACUCCAUCAAAAGGAGGCUUGGACUGCGCACUACUGAGCAGGUCUUGCAUCAGAGCAGAGGAGAAAGAGGGCAGAAACCAAAGAGUACACGCAAGAGGACGAUACAUCCACCUUAUAGACACAGGUGCCACCCAGAGAUGUGAAGAGAAGGUAGGUGAAGGGGGAGAACAGCCACAGGAGAACAACUGCGUCGGAACCAUGCAGAUAGUGGAGGAGGUAUCAGCUCUACCUUCACUUCCUCCCACUGUGGCCAUGUUGCAAAUCAGCACCGGGAACAAUGCAGACGCUGUCCGAGUAGGGGGUGGAGGGACACUACCCACUCAACACAGCAAGGUUGAGGCAGUGACCGACAUGGGAAUUCGGCUGGAUGGGACUGAAAUCAGGCCUAAUGGCAGUACUGAGGCAGUGGCUGGAGCUACAGUUACCAGAACUGGAUCAGCAGAUGGUGACUAUCAAUUAGUCCAGCACGAGGUUCUGUGCUCCUUGAAGAACAGCUAUGAGGUCUUGGAGUUUCUGGGUCGUGGCACCUUUGGUCAGGUGGUGAAGUGCUGGAAGAGGGGAACAAAUGAAGUGGUGGCUGUAAAAAUACUGAAGAACCACCCAUCCUAUGCACGUCAGGGACAGAUUGAGGUGGAGAUCCUAGCCCGGUUGAGCAGCGAAAAUGCAGAUGAGCACAAUGUGGUGCGUGCUCUUGAGUGCUUUCAGCAUCGCAGCCACACCUGCUUGGUGUUUGAGAUGCUGGAGCAAAACCUCUAUGACUUCCUUAAACAGAACAAGUUUAGCCCCCUGCCACUCAAAAUCAUCAGGCCCAUUUUGCAGCAGGUGGCAAAAGCCUUACAGAAGCUGAAAUGUCUGGGUUUGAUCCAUGCUGACCUGAAGCCAGAGAACAUCAUGCUGGUGGACCCCUCCAGGCAGCCCUACAGAGUCAAAGUCAUUGACUUUGGCUCAGCCAGCCAUGUCUCCAAGGCUGUCUGCUCCACUUACCUGCAGUCCAGAUACUACAGGGCUCCAGAGAUCAUUUUGGGCCUACCAUUUUCUGAGGCAAUAGACAUGUGGUCACUGGGAUGUGUGAUAGCGGAGCUCUUUUUGGGCUGGCCCCUCUACCCUGGAGCGCUGGAGUACGACCAGAUCCGGUACAUCUCUCAGACUCAGGGUCUGCCUGCCGUGCAGCUGCUCAACAAGGGGACCAAGACCUCUCGUUUCUUCUCCAAAGAGUCCAACUCUCCUUACGCUUUCUGGAGACUAAAGACAACGGAAGAGCAUGAGAAAGAGACGGGACUUAAAUCCAAAGAGGCCAGAAAGUACAUCUUCAGCUGUCUGGGUGACAUAGCACACGUGAACUUGGUGCUGAGUCCCGAUAACAGUGACAUGCAAGCAGAGAAGGCAGACCGGAGGGAGUUUGUGUCUCUGCUCAAGAGCAUGUUGCUCAUUGAUGCUGGGGACAGAACUGUUCCCUCCAGCGUCCUCAAUCACCCCUUCCUCACUAUGACUCAUCUACUGGACCACCCACACAGUAACCAUGUGCAGUCAUCUUUCCGAAUCAUGGACAUGUGCCACAGUUGGCCCACCAAUGCAGUCUUUGACGCUAUAAAUCAGAACACCAUUCAUUUCUCAAGACCCUCUGUAGCCCCCACUGCCUCCUCUGGCCUCCCUCUAGGCUACAGCAACAUACCGGUCCACACUCAGGCUUUAAACCAGUCAGCUCCCUCAGUGUUGCAUCCUGGAAUAGCUCUAACAACUGGGAAUGGUCAGUUUGGGUGCACUGACCCUUUCCCACCUGCCCUUCUUCUUUGUCCUCCCACCAUGCAAGGUAACCUUAACCAACCAGCAGGGUAUUCUGUUCCGAUGGUAACUCAGGCUCCUCCUAUACAGCCCAUACCAGUGAGACCUGGUGUAAUUGCUCAGCAAGCCUGGUCUAGCCGGGGGCAGCAGCUCCUCGUCCCAACAGCCUGGCAGCAGAUGACUCCAGUGGGUCCUCCUCCCUCUCACCCCCCUCUACCACCCCCAUCCUCCCUUACCAACGACAGCACAGCCGGCCCACAGAGAAUCAGCGACUGGGGCAGCCACUACACACUGAUGCAACAGCCUCUCCUGACUAAUCAGAUGCCAGCCCUCUCUGCCCAUCAGCCAAUCAACAUUGGCAUAGCUCAUGUUGUGUGGCCACAGCCAGCCAAUAAAAGAAACAGAUACAGUCACAACAGGAACUUGUCCCACCCCAGCAACAUCCAUAUAUCAGCAUGUCAGACCCCCAAGAUGGCCAAUUUUGUUGGACUGGCAGUGGCACAAAGAGAACAGUCUCAGAGGGAGGUACCUCUGGUAGAAACUAGGCAACUGGAAGUUCAAAUCACAGAUGAAGAAAAAAAUUAUGCGGAGAAGGAAGUGAGCUGCUUUAAAGAGAUGGUGCCAAAUGGUAACAGCCAGCUGGACCAGUCCAGUCAACAACAGCGGGAAGUGGCAGUUCUGAUGGGUGACACGCCAAGCCCUGCCCCCAGUGUGAUAAGCAUCCACAGUGAACUGACUGACGGGGAGGACGAACAAGAUGAAGACCCUCAGAGGUGCCGUCUGAGCGAGUGUAAAGAGGAGUGUGUGUGUGAAGCAUGCAGAAACACCAGUGUGUCUAUGGAGAGAGUGUGUUCCCUCAGCAGCCCCGACAGCAGCCUCAGCACUAGUUCUUUUGCCUCCAACUCCCUUCAGUCCAGCCCCUCUGUUUCACCAUGCAAGAGACCUAACAGCAUGUCUGAAGACGAUGGCCAUGAGAGUGGCUGUGACACAGUGGAAGGCUCUCCCACGUCUGACACAUCAACCUCCCCACAUGGCAACAGUCCUUAUCGUUACCUCGACAACAGUAACCACAACAAGCGCUCACCUUUGGCUGCCAUUGUAGCGCCAAUGCCUUAUACUGCAGUGCAGGGCAGGAGUCCCCGUGGCGUCAGGACAAUGGUGGUUCCACCAAUGAGAGUGCAGAACAACAACAGUCAAGGGACAGAGGAGCGUGUUCAGAGAUCAGUCUCAGAGUCCUGGUCCCGUUCCAAAGGCCGCUGCAGCUUCAUAGGACAUCAGAGCACUCCCUCGUCCUUCCCCCUCCUCCCAUCCGCCCCCCUCCUGUCCCGGCAGCAAAAAGUGACUGGGCAGCAGCAGCAGCAGCACCCUCUGGGCUAUGGACAGGUGCAGCCGUACGGUUCAAACCACAGCAACAAAGAGUGGAACGGCAACUAUGGGCCACUGCGACCGCACGCCUACAUCCCCCCAACUGUCCACACACACACCUUCACCCACCUGUCGCACGGCAGCCCCACCCUCACAUCAGCCGCCCCUCACACACUAACCCAAGGCCUGCCCACACACACCCUGUUGUCCUACACUCCCAGCGCCCCCCUCACCGCCGCUCAUCACCCCCACCCCAUCCUGCCCUCUCGCCCUCCUCCACCCCCUCUCCUCCAGCACAGCUACAGUUUUUCCCACCCACAAGGUGGCGCUAUACUUCACCAGCUGACCCUGGGCAUAAGCACCCACCACCAUGGACACCCCGCUCCCCAACCACACAGGCUCCUCCCUUCCCCGACCAUUCAUUCUCAUCACCAGCCCGGCUACGCCCACAACCCCCACCAGUACAAGCCUCCCUUCCCUCCUCCUCACCCUUACAUGGCCUCCCCGGCUGCCUACACAGGCUUCCCUCUGAGCCCCACCAAGCUCAGCCAUCACCCCCAGUUCUCGUAUAUCUGAGGAGCAGAGCAGGGCCACAGCAGUACCUUCUAGUGAGGAAGGGCAACGAGAAAUGGACUGGGGCUGCAACCUGGGCAGGAAGAGCUUGCAGCAGAGCACAAAACAGACACUUGUCAUAACGAGGAAGAGGAAAAAAUGGUUAUCAAGGAGAAUGGAUAACAAUGUAUCAUAUGGGAUUGAGAAAGAAAAACAAAAUUAACAAUACUGAAGAUAAUGUUUUAUGGUGUUUCAAGGAUAAAGAAAUUCACAGUCUCUUUAAUCUGGAGGUUAUCGUCCAAAGUCAAGUUUUGUUUGAUUGUCAGAGCAACUUCAGCUCUGAAAAUAUCUCCUGGGAAAUCAUGUCAGUCAACGGAGGAAACAAUGAUUGAUUAAAUCUGAAUAGCUUUAUAAGAAAGUGUCACAGGAGGGAAUUAAUUAAAAAAGUAUGAUGAUAAGGAUAUUUUAGUUAACAAUGUGUUUUUUCACAUUGCCUCCUGUUGUUUAAGAGAGAGUUGUUUCAGAGAGUAUGAUCUAAUUGGAGAUGGGGAAAUCUUUUUUUGUUGCUGUCAAUGCGCUCAGCCUCCCCAACCCUUUAUCUUUGUUACCAUGUAGCAUGUGCUAGCUGGUCAGAUCUGUUUAAGCCAUCCCAGUCUUUAUUAACCAGGAUUGAAUGCUCCUGUCUUUGUUUGAGGCAGGCUUCACUGCUGCCAUCGCUUAGUGCCUUAAAACCAGAGUCGAUGACGUUACUUCAGGAGAUUAUAGGUUGGAAAUUUAAAUGGGCUUGCAGCACUUAACCUUUAGACUCUGAGUGUGAUGGGCUUAUUGGAUAAAUAAUGCUUGUGCUUAUGUUUUUUAUAUUGGCAAAUGUUGGACUUCAGUUUGCUUCCUAACUCAGAGUAUGCAUUUACUUUAGCUAGAAGCUGCACAUUUAGGGCUUUGACUGAAUGAGCUUUUUAUGUAAAUAAAGAGUGAUUUGAUAUUUUAAUAAUCGAUUUCUAUUCACUAUAGUACUUAAUUCACAACAGUAUUGUCACUGUUUACUGUAACUGCAAUACAAUCUAGAUAGCCUCUGGGUUGCUGUGUUUUUAUUAGUUAGCAUUUAGGCUAGAAUUGUAUUAAAGCAUUUAUGUUUUAGUUUUUGGGAGUGGCAUAGACAAAAAAAGAUUGUUUCAUGUUUUUACUUUUAAAUGCUUCUCAGUGUUUGAAAUAACCUGUCAACUUACAGUAUCAUUGCUGGGCUAUUGAGUGUUAACGGUGUAUCGGUAAUUGUUUUAAAUAUUAGUGUGAUACAAACCUUUUUGUCCAUGUAUUAAAGCCUGUUGUCAGUUUUGAUACAUUCCUUCAGGGUGGAUGCAUAGCCUUGAUAAUUAUUAUUUUUAGUUUUGUGUUUCUGAUUUCUAGUGUGUAGUAGAGCUGCGUCUUUACCUGUCAUAUCAGCUGGUAUUUUUCUGUAAUCAGCACCAAAGACUGUUCAUCAAUCAUUUCUGAAGCAUGGUCAAUACUAUUUCUGCUUUCACCUCUGUUGCAGUUAUCAUCAUUGGAAUAUAUUGUGAGAUCUCUAUUUUAAAAAUGAGGAUGAGGUUGAGGUUUUAUUUUUCUGAGCUAUAUUUGGCAAAUUGUAUUUGGAAUGUAAAGAUAAUAAGCUGCUAUGUACCGAUUAUCUGCCACUUCGUAGCUGUGAAUUUAGAGGAAUAAUCUUAUUCUAGCCUGCGUUCGCUCUUUCGUUCUUUUGUAUUGUAGUUCUGAUGACUAGAUACAUUAGACGUGUUUUUUUUUAAUAGUAUAAUGAAUACUAUUCCUAUAUGCUAGUGCCUCUGUAUAUUGGCUUUGUUGUUUUGAAGUGAUUGUAAACUGCUGUAAUGGAAGUUAUGAGUUUUCCUUUUUUAUUUUAUUCUGUUGCUUUUUGGUGUGUGUGUGUGUUUUUUUGUGUGGAUUUAGCAUCAGUAUUCCAAAUGUAGGCUGGGUUAACUGUUUUGAUUCUGUAACCGGUUUGUUGUUGAUGUGUUAAGAGUUUUCUUGUUUUCUUCUGAUGAUAUGGCUUUUCUUUCAGUUUUUGGACUGUAUUUGCAACUCUGCAUACUGUGCAACUAGUGCCUUUCUUCAGACAAGUGGCUGACAGGGGACAUCUUGCAUUUAUAUCAAAGCAGAAGAAACCCCAAAGUUGUUUGUUUGACAAAGAUAAGGUCUGAAACAAUCUCUUUUUUUACAAAAUCCUAAGAAAGUACAAGUCAGGGAAUGUUUCAUUUCGCUCACCAAGUACACCGUGCAGUACUCAAAAUACCUAGGGCCUGAAUAUACACAAAUGCAAAGCUUUAUUAUCACACCAUCAAUGUAUUUGUGGAACUCAAGACUUCUGUUUUUGGUUUGCGAAUUAGUUAUUUGUUACAUUUCUAAUGGCUGCACAUCUUUUUUUUCUCUUAUCUUGUGUUGGGAUGUUGUAUGCAGCUAGUACCAUAGGUUGAUAUCAACAUGUGUUUUAGUCAGGGGUUCUUUCAAAAUGCUUUAUCCAUCAUCAAAUACAAAGUUUAGGUCCAAGUUGUCUCAUCUCCAUCUACGUUAGUGUAUGUUGUCACUGUAACAAAAGAAAAUUGCUCAGUUUCUUUGUAUUAUAACAUAAUCUCAAAUUUUUACAAAAUUCCUAUAACGUGGAACCAAGAUGGUUGGUUUUAUUAAAAACAAAGAACGUUUUGGGAUAUAACAAGAUAAAUUGUUAUGAUACAACACAGUUGUUGUUUUGGUUUUUGGGGGUGGGGGGAGAGCAUCUAACAGUAUGUUGUAAUAUUGGAAAAACUAUCUUGUAAAAACAGGAAAAGUUUGUUAUGACAAGAAACCGAGCAAAUUUAUUUUGUCAUGGUGCUACUCUACUUAAUGUAUUACAUUGUAAUUGUGUCGUUAUGUUGUUUAAGCAAUGUGUUUGUUUUGUGUGCUCAUCUAAUAUGCUACUGUGUUGACGAUGCUUAGACAAAUGAAAGGAUGCAGUACAGACUAGAAUUAUAAUUAAUAUACUGUAUGUCUGUGUCAUAACACAUUAAUCUGUACUUUACUUCAAGGAAAAUGUUCUGUUUUUUUGUUUUAACCCUGUGGUGUACAGCCUCUCUGUGAUUCCCAUAUGGCUUUAUUAUUUCUGUCAGUUUAGCACCUGUGAUGAGAUGAACACAUGUCCCACCUCAGUGAUGUCCUACGCCGUAAUCCCCCACCAUUUUGGGUUGAUUGCUUAUGAUAGAUAAUCCCGCCACAAUGCAGCCUUGACAGUUGCAUCAUCAAAGUCAGCCGAGGGUCACACAGUCCCAGAUCUAAAGCUCAACAAGCACACAGAGCCAAGCAGCCUUAGCUAACAAUGCAGGCCUUAGAACUGCAGGGGACAUUUUGGGGAAAUGGCAAUAAACAAGGAUUUAAUCCAGUGCAUCUAGAUAUUAGGUGGAAUCUGCUUUCAGAAAUUAAGGCCUGCUUUUACUAGGCCCUCACCUGACAAAACCAUUAACUCACAAAAAUGGGUCUGAACAUCUCAGAAAUAAAUUGUGCAAAAUCAGAUCCUUAAGAAAUGUUUUAGGUAGAUUUUGUACCACAACUAUCUAAUUAUCGAGUUGACAAUUGUAGUUAGACACAAAUAUUAAUUGCUAAAUCGAAACUGUUACUGUUCUAAAUAUGUGUGUAGAUCUGUGUGGCUUUAUGAUAAUGAUUUAUUUUUUAUUUUAUUGUAUUCUUAUAUGCUACACUAGUUUUGACAUGUAGCAACUGCACUGUGCAAUAUACAACAAUAUGACGACUGGGAAAAUAAUUAUUGUUUGGAUGUAAUGUGUGUCUUACCAGUUUGAGGUCGUUUUCUUUCCCCCCUCUAGUUCUCAGUGAGUUUCAAUGUGAUGAAGCCUUUUGUACCUUGUCACAAAAAGCGGGUUCCUUCUUGGUGACUCUUAUUGGUGAGUGUCAAAUUAUGAAUUGAUAGUGUACUAUGUCAAGAUUCACUUUGAAUUAAAAAUGAUCUUUUGCUUCA